AAUAGGUUUAUUGUUUGUGCCGGUUUUUGGUUUGCGGUCGUUAAUCGGUCAAGCUAAGCGGCUUCGCAUUGACCGAACCGAAUAAUUCAAUCCACCAGCUGAGCUGCCUGCUAUUCGCAGAUUUUUUUUUCUAGUGGAACACAAAAGAACCUUCUUCCCUUCAUUUCAUCUGCUUUUGAGCCUCUUUUCCUCCGUUUAAGGAUUCUCAAUAACUCUAAAGUUGUUACCACGGGAGGGUAAGAUGAAUUCGAACUAGGUUUUCAGCUACAGUUCUCCUGGAUUUGAAGUUCGAAGCUAGUUCUCCAUGCCUAUUCAUCGCUGCCACCAUUGCUCUUGUUAUUAAAGGAAGAUAAUCCAAUUCCAAGAGCAAUUAACAGCUGAAAAGAUAUUAGAACUACUACACUACAAUGACUUCAAAUGAUAAUGAUGGAGUUGAAGAAGAGAAAUCAAACGGAUGUAGAGUCAAACCUAUAGUCAAUCUUCACAUUGAAACCUCUCGCAGGGGACUUCUAAGGGAUGAAGGUUCUCAAACUCGGGGGGAUAGUACUGCUACAACUCCUACUCCUCUAACCAAUAGAACCCCAAGUUUCCUUGUAUUUGGCAAUUUAGGUACUCCAACUGCAAAAUUCCAAAGAAUUGCCCAAGAAAGAGACGAUUUCUCACGCACAGUUCCCUCCAGUGCAAGUCAAGCAAUUCGUGAUCGCUUCACUCGAGUCUUCUCCAAGAAAAUUGACUGGAUUUCCCUCCAAAAAUUAGCGAAAGAAUGGAUAAGAAACCCCAUGAAUAUGGUUCUCUUAAUCUGGAUCAUAGUUGUUGCUGUCUCAGGUGCAAUCCUGUUUCUUGUCAUGACAGGUAUGUUAAACCACGUCCUUCCAAGAAAGACUCAAAGAGACGCUUGGUUUGAAGUCAACAACCAAAUCUUAAAUGCCCUUUUUACCCUCAUGUGUCUUUACCAACAUCCCCAAAGGCUUUACCACCUUGUACUCCUCAUAAGAUGGAAACCAGAAGACAUUUCAAAAUUAAGAAAAUUAUACUGCAAAGAUGGAACAUAUAAACCUCAUGAAUGGGCCCACAUGUUGGUUGUUGUCUUGUUACUUAACCUAAACUGUUUCGCACAGUACGCGUUAUGUGGUCUCAAUGUCGGGUACAGGAGAUCAGAAAGACCAGCAAUCGGAGUUGGAAUCACCAUUUCCGUAGCAAUCGGCGCUCCCGCAAUCGCUGGUGUGUAUUCCGUCGUGAGCCCCCUCGGAAAGGAAUACGAUUCCGCUCCUUCCGAUGAAGAAUCACAACUUAAACCGGAAAGCAACCGAGGGAAGUCUUUCGAAAGAAGAUUCUCAUUCACCCCAAAAGACGAGAGCACAAUCGAAACUAGUCCGAAAUGGAGCGGGGGUAUUUUCGACUUUUGGCAAGAUAUCUCAUUAGCAUACCUCUCGUUGUUUUGUAGUUUUUGUGUUUUCGGAUGGAAUAUGGAGCGACUUGGAUUUGGAAACAUGUAUGUUCAUAUCGCGACAUUUCUUUUGUUUUGUUUGGCGCCUUUUUGGAUUUUUAAUUUGGCUGCGAUAAAUAUCGAUAAUGAGACAGCUAGAGAGGCAUUGGGGAUUACGGGGAUAUUUCUGUGUGUGUUUGGGUUGCUUUAUGGUGGGUUUUGGAGGAUUCAAAUGAGAAAAAGAUUCAAUCUGCCACCUUCUGAUUCCUGUUGUGGGAAACCUGCUGUUACUGAUUGUGCAUUGUGGCUUUUCUGUUGCUGGUGUACGCUUGCUCAGGAAGUCCGGACUGGAAACAUGUAUGACAUUAAAGAGGAUAAGUUUUAUAAGAAACCCGGGGAGGAGGUAGCCGUUCCGAUUCCGUUAUCAACUCUGCCACGGGAACAGGAAUCUGGAUUCCAUUCCGGUCCCAGUUCUCCACCUCAGAAUAGCUCUGCCAGGCAGCCAUCAGAUGUGGAGGAUUCGCAUGCGAGAGGUAAAGAUGUAACUCUGGAACCACCGAUUCCAUCUUUAAUACAUAGAGAAGACAAUUGAGAAUAUUAAAAUUUUAAUAUCAUUCGAGGUGUAUGUAUAUGAGAUCUUUUUUUUUUUUUUUUU